CAGUUCAACGCCCAAAAUGGCGGCACGGUUGAAAAGUUUUUGCCGUUUUUAUCGAGUUAGUAUUCAUCGUAGCUGCUCUGGACACGUGCCGUGUCAUUUUUAAAUCUUAAACUCCCCGAUAAAAGAGUUUAAAACGCAAGAAGAGAGCUGGAAUGGCGUCUCGCUAUCAGCUCAAAAGUAGGAAUAUCUUUAGAAGCACAAUGCUAAAAUAAGUUAGCCUAGUAGGCUAACUGCUGUCAAAUAAGUGCUGGCUUUGAGCUCCGUCGGUCCUAUCCUGCCUCACUUAGAUCUUUGGUCGAAGUGAGAAUGAAGAAGAAAACUUAAGAGAUGGAAGAAGAUGUAAAAAAAGUCAAAAAGCCUGGGAUUGUUUCUCCGUUCAAGCGGGUCUUUCUGAAAGGAGAGAAAGGGAGGGACAAGAAGGCCCAAGAGAAAUCCACAGAGCGAAGGGCCCUUCAUACCUUCUCCCUCUCUCAGCCUGACCACCGCAUCGACCCUGACAUUCUUCUUAAUGACUACAUUGAGAAGGAAGUUAAAUAUUUGGGGCAGCUGACAUCAGUUCCAGGAUACCUAAACCCAUCAAGUCGGACAGAGGUUCUGCAGCUCGUUGAUAAUGCAAGAAAAUCCCAUCAGUUGGCGGGCCAGCUGACAUCAGAGCAGGAUGCAGUGGUGAGCUUAUCUGCAUACAACAUCAAACUUGUUUGGCGAGAUGGAGAAGACAUCAUCCUUAGAGUGCCAAUCCAUGACAUCGCUGCAGUUUCAUACAUCAGGGAUGAUUCACUACACCUCGUUGUGAUAAAAACAGCUCAGGAGUCGGGAGGUUCCCCCUGUCCCAGCUCAUGUCCUGAUCUAAAUAAGUCCCAGACUCUCAGCUCUCUGUCAGAAAGCGGAGCUGUGCUAGUGGAAGUCUGCUGUCUACUCGUCCUAGCCGUUGAUAAUAAGGCAGCUGCUGAGGAACUUUGUCUUUUGCUCAGCCAGGUCUUUCAGAUUGUUUACACAGAAUCAACUAUAGACUUUCUAGACAGGGCCAUAUUUGAUGGAGCAACAACACCUACAAGACACCCUUCUUUGUACAGUGAUGAUUCUUCAAGCAAAGCAGAUGUCAAGGAAGCCUUUGAGAGAGAAAGCAGUCCGUUUCCGUUUCAGGCAACAGAAGGAAGUUCUCCAUCUACAUCCACCCCUGCCUCCCCUCAGACAAAGGCUCCAAGUGAAGGAGAGCUCAGCACCACUGCUGCAGAGCUUCUGCAGGACUACAUGACCACAUUGCGAACGAAACUAUCAUCGCAGGAGAUCCAGCAGUUUGCAGCUCUGCUCCACGAAUACAGGAAUGGUUCCUCCAUUCAUGAGUUCUGCAUUAAUCUGCGCCAGCUCUACGGGGACAGCAGGAAAUUCCUAUUACUUGGCCUGCGUCCCUUCAUUCCUGAGAAGGACAGCCAGCACUUUGAAAACUUCCUGGAGACCAUUGGAGUGAAGGACGGCCGCGGCAUCAUCACAGACAGCUUCGGCCGCUGCAAACGCACGACUAGCUCCGCCUCCGAUUCCACCACCAACGGCAACGGAGCAGUCGCUGGAAGCGGGGAUUCCACAGCUUCUGACGAGGGCCAAGAUGUCUCUGAGGGAGACGAAUGGGACCGAAUGAUUACCGACAUCAGCAACGACAUCGAAGCACUUGGCUGUAGCAUGGACCAGGAGGCUGUGACCCCAUGACACUUCGAUGUCCACUCGUCUAAUGAGCGGUUAGCUUUAGCGGAUCAGAUGAAGGUGGUCCUGAGCACUGACCUAAGCUUUGGUUAUUUCUUUAUUCCUCUAAUUAUCAAGAGGACUUUCUAUAGGACCUGUAUAUUCAAAGAAAACCUUGCCUUGUUUCUGUCCAGUCGACUAGUGCACUUAUGCAGACCUCUUGGUCGACUUGCAGUUAAUUGUCUUGUUUUACAUUUCACUUGGUUUUAAAGCCUCUUAUUUUUUACUUUGGUGUUUCACUCAUUUAUUGGCAGCAUCUGCCACUGAUAUCUGUUAUAAGCAUCUCUAGACGGAACCUGUGGGGAAUCCGCCUGUAAACUGUGCACACAUUUUAGAAGGUUGACACACAGCUUUGUAUCUUAAUUUAACCAUAAUUUAAUCAGCUUCAUCCACCUUUGGUCUUUUUCAUUUAUUCUGAUAUUGGAGUGUAUCAUUUUGCUGUUCAUAAUACUGCAAGUUCUUUACUUCACACUGUUUAUUAAUCGGCACGUUUGUAUCUGCCUUCAGACUGACCUAGAAAAUGCUGUAAAAACGAAGCCAGACGAUGAGGACUGUGCUUUAUUUGAAAAAGCCAGCUUGUGGAUGGCUGAUGUAAAAUAUUUUCAAGAUUCGGGUCAUUUAUGUUUUGUUACAUUAAACAUGUCAUUGUCCCUAAACACUGCAGUACUGCUACCAGCAGGUUCUUGGUGACUCUAUUAGCAGGUUUUCCAGCAAGUUGUGGUUAUUAAAUAACAAAUAAGUUACAUUGAUUAUAUUUUGAUAUUGUAAAAUGGCAAUCAUGAUGUUGUAUAAAAAUACACGACUGUCAUCUGAC